AUGACUACAACGAGAGGAUUGUACUUGUUCCUCCUCAGUCUAGCUGCCCUUUUCCCGGCUAGUGUACUGACUCGCGCUCCUGAUAAGUUUGCUCAGUACCAAUCACGUUCCAAAUCUCAUUUGCCGAUUCCACUUGAUGAUUCGAGCUACAGUGAUAUUGUGUCAAAACCACGCGACUAUCACGCUGCCAUUUUGCUUACGGCAAUUGAACCCCGUUAUGGGUGCCAAAUCUGUCGGGAUUUGCAGCCAGAGUGGGAACUACUAGCUAAGAGUUGGAACAAAGCUGCUCCGUAUGCUACAACGAAGUUACUUUUUGGAACACUGGAUUUUGAUCAAGGGAAAGCAGCUUUUCAGCAGCUCAUGCUCCAAACUGCCCCAGUUCUACUUCUUUUCCCUCCAACAAUUGGGCAAGCAGCGAAACUUGACAGCUCACCUCUUCGAUAUGACUUUAGUGGGCCGGUUUCAGCAGACCAAUUGUAUGCUUGGAUGAGCCGUCACCUUCCUGAAGGUCCUAAACCCGAUAUUAUCCGCCCUAUAAACUACUCUCGAAUUUUGGGAACAACUACAUUGAUUCUUGUUCUUAUAUCGGUUUUCACCAUUGCUUCUCCAUACCUUUUGCCGAUCCUGCAGAACCGAAAUGUGUGGGCUGCUAUAAGUUUGAUUGCCAUCCUUCUCUUCACAAGUGGUCAUAUGUUCAACCAUAUUCGGAAAGUACCAUAUGUCACAGGUGAUGGGAAGGGAGGCAUAAGUUAUUUUGCUGGUGGGUUUGCAAACCAAUUUGGGUUGGAGAGUCAAAUUAUUGCAGCAAUCUAUGGACUUCUGUCUUUCACCGUGAUAGCAUUGGCCAUCAAAACACCAAGGAUUGCUGAAGCCAAAACACAGCAAGCAACUGUUAUUGUUUGGAGCCUUGUUUUGCUGGGCAUGUAUAGUUUCCUUAUGAGUAUAUUCCGAACCAAAAGUGGAGGUUAUCCUUUCUUCCUUCCACCAUUUUAA